AUGUUGUUCGAAACGCUGGGUGUUAUUUACACUUACAUAUCAAGAAUCAAUUUUAAUUUAAGUCAAAUUCCGUAUUUGUUUGCGGCGUCCAAGUUCAUUUUAGAACUACCACCUGUGCAGAUACAAGAUGGCGCCACAUUCGACUUCAUAAUAGUGGGCGCGGGGUCGGCGGGCGGUGUGCUGGCGCGGCGCCUGUCCGAGCUGCCCGAGUGCCGUGUGCUGCUGCUGGAGGCCGGCGAGGAGCCGCCGCUGCUCAGUGUUGCGCCGGGGCUGCUGGCGUUCCUGCCGCACACGCGCUGGGACUGGAACUACUACACGUCGGACGACCACUACUCGAGCCAGAGCCAGCGCGGCGCCGCCAUCCCCUACACGCGCGGCAAGAUGCUCGGCGGCACCUCCAGCAUCAACUAUAUGCUCUAUGUGCGAGGUAACCCUGAAGACUACAACAGCUGGGCGAGGGAUGGCUUCGAGGGAUGGGAUUGGAAAUCAGUUUUCCCUUACUUUCUGAAGAGCGAGGAUAUGCAAUCUAAAGAACUGUUCAGAAACGCAACUUUCGCUCGGUAUCACAAUACGAAGGGGCCACUGAAAGUAACCCAAACAAGGUACCCGGAAUCACAGGAGGUAAAACGUGACAUAUUCCUUCAAGCAUUUUCGCAAAUUGGUAUUAAGCCGAUCGUUGACUACAAUGGGCCCGAACAGCUGGGUGUCUCGAGAACAUACUUCACACAAUCCAAGCAACCGCUCACGAUUCGCUCGAGCACAGCUCAAACUUAUAUUGCCCCAUCAAAGGACCGAAAGAACUUGGUCAUUCUCAAGAAUACAUUUGCCAAGAAAAUAUUGAUAGACUCAAAUAAUAUGGCUUAUGGUGUAGAGGCUGACGUCAGUGGCCAGAUAAUGAGGUUUUACGCUACAGAAGAAGUGAUAGCGUCUGCCGGGGCCUUCAACACCCCCAAAUUGCUCAUCGCCUCUGGAAUAGGCGCUGCAGAAGACUUAUACGAUCUGGGUAUUGAUGUGGUGUCUGAUCUACCAGUCGGAAAAGAAUUGCAGGACCACGUUUUCUUACCAUUAUUUUUUACUGGAGCAAAGGAUAUUAGUACAGCACUACCAGUACUGGACGCUCAGGCUCUAGGCUUCCCGUCUCUGAAUGGCUUUUUGUCACUCCAUCCUGGAAAAAAGCAACCAGACAUUCAGAUACUACCUCUCUAUUAUGACCUGGCGUCGCCUGAAUUCGCUUUUUCAUGCGUAUACGAUUUCAACUUCAAUGACAAUAUAUGCUCGUCCGCUGUUUUGGCCAAUCUGAAGGCGGAACUGUUCAGUACCCUGGUGAUUCUUCUACAUCCAAAAUCACGGGGUGAAGUUAAAAUACGCUCCCUAAACUCCGCACCGGAAAUAUACACGGGUUAUUUCUCAAACACCGAAGAUUUGGGUACCAUCACGGCGGGGAUACGGCGUCUUCUGAACCUGACCGAGACGGAGUAUUUGAAGAGUUUCAAUUCGGAAUUAGUGCGGUUGAAUCUUCCGGCGUGCGACGGGUUAACGUACUUGAGUGAUGAAUACUGGGAGUGCUACGCGCUGCAGACGGGCACGACGCUGUACCACGCGGCCGGCACGUGCGCCAUGGGCCGCGUGGUAGACGAGAGGCUUCGCGUGUACGGCGUGGGCGGCCUGCGCGUCGUGGACGCCAGUGUGUUCCCCUCCCUGCCCAGCGGCAACACCAACGCGCCCACCAUCAUGGUGGCGGAGCGCGCGGCCGACCUUGUCAAACAGGAAUACUACUACAACCGAAAUGCCGUACCAGUUCACUAGUAGUCAACUUAACAGGACCUGGAUUGUGAAGCAUCAUGGCUGCACGAAAUUGUGGAUGUGCAUACUCGUAAAGCAGGACUAAGGCAGGGGACAAUAAAAAUUAAUAGUAGA